AUGGACCUCAACAGGAGGCUGGCCAAGGAGCUGCAGGAGGCGCGGGGCUGCCGCGGGGUGCGGGAGCUGCGGCCGCUGGGGGGCGGCCUCCUCUGCUGGGAGGGGCUCCUGCUGCCGGAGCAGCCGCCCUACAGCGCGGGCGCCUUCCGCUUCGAGCUGCGCUUCUCGCCGCGGCACCCGCUGGCGCCGCCGCGCGUCACCCUGCGCACGCCCAUCCGCCACCCGGCCGUGGGCGCCGACGGGCGCGUGUGCCAGCCCCUGACGUCGCCCGAGCGCUGGGCGCCCCACGUCACCGCCCUGCAGGUGCUCGAGGAGCUGCUGCUGCUGCUGGAGACGCCCGGCGCGGCCGGCGCGCUGCGGCCGGAGCUGGCGCGCGAGCUGGCGGCCGAGCCGCGGCGCUUCGGGCAGCGCGCCGAGGAGCACGCGCGGCGCCACGCCGAGCGCCGCCCCCAGUAA